AUGGUUCUUCAUCAAUCUCAUAGUUAUCCAAUUCGUGGAAUAAUUUAUUUAAUUCGUCAUCCAUCAUUAUGGAAAAAUAUUCUUUCUGGUUUAAUUAUAAUGAUAUUAGUAUCUAUAAUGGUAUCAAUAUUAUUAUUUUUAUUUUCAUUUCCAGCUCAAGCUUAUGCUUUAUCUAAUCAUAUGCCUAAUUGGUUAUCAUGGAUAAUAAGUUUUAUUCUAACAUUAUUUGAAAUCGGCAUAACAGUUCUUAUAUUUUCAUUAUUAUUUUUAUCAUAUUAUAUGGAUGUUAUAUUUGAUGCUGUUUGGCGUCAAGAAACAAUGAUUAUUAAUCAAGAUGAAUCACAAAUAAUAUCAUCAAAAAGAUUUUCUUGUAUUAAAUCAUUUAUAAUAUUAAUUAUAUAUCGUGUUAUUCUUGUUGUUUUAACAUGUCCAUUAAAUUUAAUUCCAAUAAUUGGAACAAUUCUUUAUAUUUAUAUUAAUGCAUAUUAUUAUGCAUGGUCAUUACAUUGUCGUUAUUUUGAUUUAAUUGGUUUAACAUUUGCACAAGGUUUGUCAAUUUUUAAAUUAAAUUAA